GGAACCCCCAGAAACCUACUUUCGAUUCAGUGUCGAUAAUAAGCUGGGGAAAAUGAAACUUGACGAAUGGAACAAUGUCCGACGUGAUGGAAAAAAAGAUACAUUGCUGUUUAUUCGACAAGUUGCCGCUGAGUACAUCAACGAGGAUAAUGUGCAAAGGAUGCUCAACGCAAGUUCACAACGACUGGUUUCUUUGAGAAGGAGAAGGAGCACCACGGUUCGCUGGGCGCAAUACGCUUCAGUGGUUUCAUUCCACUGCCCUGUCCCAACAUGCACCACCAUUUAUGGCAACCGUGAUGAUCUUAGACACCAUCUUGAAAGAAGUCAUGCAGACUGGCUCACGACGCACGAUCUCGAUGAAGAAAGUCUAACAAGGCUGCUUGAUAGCCGACAGAGAUAUAUUGGCUGAAUGUCUGCAUUGAAAGCAGCUCAGCGUAUUGCUUGAUCCCCAAACAUGAUGCAGCUGGCGUAAACACUACCCGGCUCCUUUUUGCUCGGAUGAUCGAAGCUUUUACCCUUUGUUCGUGGACUAACAAGCAGCACCAUUGGUGUGUUUCCGUGCCAGUAUUUCGAAGUCUAUUAGCAUUACCUCUUCGUAUGAGUUAGCCUCUUUGGAUAGCGAAGAUCUAGAGGAUCACUGGAAAAAUUGAUGCAAGAAUGUUGGAAUGGGGUCCGAAAAAUGGAUUUGAGAUGAUAUAAUGUACAUAUAAAGAGCCCAGUUCUUAUGCUUC